GUCUGCAAGCUUACAAGCCACGCCUUCUUUUCUGAGCUACAACACAUACACACAAACACCCUCACAGCAGCUAGCCUAGCCACGAGGAGGUGCUGGUAUGGCCCUCCCAGAACCCCAAGAGCAGAUGUGCUUCUCUCCUGAGGAGCUACUGGCCAAAGAUUUUGCAGUGGAUGAGUUUGUGGCGCGUUGUCGAAGGCGAGUCACGAUGGAGGGUCUACGCGAGGAGUUGCACGGCUACUUCAAGACGCUCAAGAGUGCCAUGGUGGAGCUCAUCAACCAGGACUAUGCAGACUUCGUUAACCUCUCCGCUAAUCUGGCUGGCAUUGACAAGUCGAUUGGCAGUCUCAUGUCUCCUCUCAAGCAGCUUCAGACGGAGAUCAAAGAGAUCAAGUGUGCUAUGACGGAGGCCAUUGAUGCUGCUCAGAGCAAGAUGAACACCAAGACGGAGAUAUCGGAACAGAAGAACACGCUAACUCGAUUGAUAGUGGUACUAGAGUCGAUGGAGCGGCUGGAGCGAUUACUGCACAUACACUCGGACAAGGACACUUCAGGAAUCAUGGCACUACCUCAAACAGGUGCGGCCUGGGAGCCGGUUGUCAUGGAGAGAGUUGCUAUGGAGUUCAACAAACUGCAGUACAAUGCGUCCCUAGUUACCAACCAUCCUCUUAUUGAGAGCUCCAAUGAGCGUAUAUCUGGCAUCACUCAGAGUGUACAGUUGUGGUUAGAGUCUUCAUUUAGGGCGGGGUUAGCCCGGGAGGAUAGAGGGGCUCUCAUCAGCUGUCUACAGACCUACAAUCUGAUUGGACGCCACGAGGCAGCGGAGGCAAUGUUCAGGACCACCAUAAUACACCCUUACAUAGACAAGUUGGUGACUACUAAGAAUCUUAUCUCUCACGCUCAAGGUCUGGGCGGACUGUACGCUGACAUCCUGACCUUUGUACCCAAGGCCUGUUCACUACUCGUCAGUAUAACGAGUGGGGGUUCCUCUGAUAAUUCUGUCAAGGGAUUCGAUUUCCUCGUCAACUCUGUCUGGCCAGAAAUGGUAUCUCUCAUCGAGCGCAAGAUUUCCGUUAUCUUUGCUCCAGGAAAUCCCGACACCUUCCAUCAGAACUACACGACUACGAUGGAUUUUGUGAGCUCCUUUGAGAAGCACUGCUCCACAGAGAGCUCCAUCAAACGCCUGAGGGCACAUCCCACCUACAACUCCUUCAUGGCAAAAUGGAGCUUGCCUGUCUAUUUCCAAAUACGGUUCCAGGACAUAGCUGGAUCAGUUGAGAGCAGUCUAUCCUUCCCACUAGUGAGAGCAGAGGCCUCUGAGGAUCAUCCCUUCCAACUGGAGGUGUUUGGUAGAGUGUGGUUGGCAUGGCAACAGUGCUGGAGCCCGGACGUGCUCAUCCCGGCACUCACACAUCGCUUCUGGAAGCUAUCUCUCCAGGUACUCAUGCGGACAGCUGUAUGGCUUGAGGGACUUUGUACAGAAUGUUCAAAGGUACAGCCCUCGGCUGAUGGGAGGAGUCUCACUCGCCCACUCUCACUACAGGACACUCUACUCGUCAUUGCAGACCUGGAGCAACUUUCAACACAGAGCCCCAACCUUGCCAAGAUGGCCCACCCCCACAUCCCCAGCUCAGCAGAGAGUAUGGUCCAAGAGGGACUGGAGGAUGCUAGACAGCAACUGGACUCCUUGGUACCACGAUUGGCCACCCUAGUGGUGGAGGAGAUUGCCAGUGAAUGCAGUAAGAGUCUAGAGUCGGCACAAACCAUUCCUCGCUUGUUUAGACGGACGGGGAGACAGGUACCCUCGAAGCCGUCCACUUAUGUUGCCAUGGUUCUACGACCCCUUGAGGUCAGGCUGUCUGAUUUCCCAUCUAAAUACAAGAAAGAGUGGACUAAAAGCGUAGUGGAGCUUGUCACAGAGAAUUACUAUCGAGUGACGUCAGAGCUACUGUUGAAUGUGAAACGAACAGAGGACAGUUUAUUGAAACUGAACGCUUACCGGAAGUCUAGUGCUCCAUCACCAAGUGAGGGCAUGACUGAUGACAACAAGAUAAGGUUACAACUCGCACUGGACGUUGAACACUACUCAACACACUUGGCUAGUCUAGAUGGUGAGAGUCUACAGCUCACACCAGUCAAGCAACUACUAGUUAUGGGCCAAACCUCAAAGACCACGGCUCUAGAGACUGUUCAAGAAAACUAACCGACUCAAUCCCAUGAACACAUUCAAUAUAUCAAUAUUUGAUUUCCUUGUUUAUUGUUUUGUACUCAUGUGUAUAUGACAAUGUAUAUUGAAAUAAGAUUGUUUACAAACAGUA